UCAAAAUGGCAGCGCCCUUGAAAAUCAGUGGUUUCUGCUGUCGCAACGAAAAACCAUUAGCAAAUUUUAUUUACAGGUUUUUAUCAACAAAUUCAGCAACAAAAAAUGAAACACGGCCCAAAAAUGAAAGUAGAGAAACACAUUUUGGAUUUGAGACUGUCGCCGAAGAUGAGAAAGAGGAGAGAGUUUACGAAGUCUUCAAGAAUGUUGCUGGAAAGUAUGACUUGAUGAAUGAUGCCAUGAGCUUUGGUAUACACAGACUAUGGAAAGACCAUUUCAUCCACAGAAUGGCUCCAGUAGAAGGGACAAAGCUUUUAGAUGUUGCUGGUGGCACAGGAGACAUUGCAUUUAGGUUUCUUCAGUACAUACAGUCCCAGAAUGAUGAUCCAAUCAUGGUUGAGGAAAGUUUUUCAAUUCCAACAAAUAUAGAAGCUGGAGCUUAUUCUAUUCCAAGUGAUUAUGCUGAGGAGGAAAAAAUUGAUUUAUCAGGUUAUAAAGAAGACACUUCUCAUGUGACAGUGUGUGAUAUAAACCAGGAAAUGUUGAAUGUCGGGAAAUCUCGAGCUGAAGAAGCAGGGAUAUUUACAGGUAUCGACUGGGUUCAAGGCAAUGCAGAAUGUUUACCUUUUGAGGACAACAGUUUUGAUGCUUAUACAAUAGCUUAUGGAAUCCGCAACUGUACCCAUGUUGAUAAAGUUUUAACUGAAGCAUUCAGGGUGUUGAAGCCAGGAGGACGGUUUUUGUGUUUGGAAUUUAGUCAAGUCAAUAAUUUAGGUUUAAGGAGAUUAUAUGACUCCUAUUCAUUUGAAGUUAUUCCAGUGAUGGGCCAAGUUCUGGCUCGGGACUGGAAAUCUUACCAGUAUUUGGUGGAAAGCAUCAGGCAGUUUCCAAAUCAGAAAAAAUUUGCUGCGAUGAUUCGACAAGCUGGCUUUGGAAUGGUUACUUAUGAAAAUUUGACUUUUGGUGUAUCUGCAAUACACUCCGGUUAUAAAUUACUCAAAGUGGUGAAAUAACUUGGAUAAAGGAUGUGUUUUUUUCAGCAGACGGUAAACUAUAGCUGUGAUACAAUGUAUAUACACUGUACAUGAUAGAUUGGACUUAACGAAGUUAUAAAAAAAAACUGGCCAUGAUUUUAAUAUGUUUUAUAUAUACAUGCAAUACCACGCAGAUGUCAUACUCUUUAGAAAUGUGGUUAACUUCAUCCUAGAAUGCCAUAUUAUUCAUUUCACUUCAAAAAUAGCAGUUUUAUAGUUAGAUCAGGUACUCACCAAGUUAUCAGAAAAUUUUGAUGGUACAGAGAAAAAAAGUAAUAAUGUAACCAUGCCCCGAAAGUGAUGGAACAUACCGUUACAUGUAACAACUGACAACAUUACAAACAUGGCAAAUGGCUGUAGGUGACUACAGCUUUACCAAUAAAAAUUGACUAUUUAUUUUGAGAUGUUUUGUUUUUUAAAAGCCAUUUUCUUUUAAUUUUUGAUUACCAGGUUUGGUUGGGUUUUUUUUUUGCAUUUUAAAGCAUAAAAAUUUGUAUUUAGAAUAUGCUGAUAAAAAGUCAUUAUCAAAUACCCACAGGUGAUUGUGUCUUUUAAAAGGAAAAGAUGCGAUCAACCAUGGGUAUUCAACAAUGACAAAUAGUUUACUUUCAAUGUUUUCAUGAACAUUUGUCAAACGUUCUGUCUGAUGUCCAUGAUGUAAAUAACAAAUGAAACCCGUUUCUGUCUCUAUUAAAUGCAAAGAUUCAAAAUUUGGUGGCCAUGCAUAGUCACUGGUUUUCUUCAUACUUUACAGUUUGAAAGAUUUUGAUAAGUAAUAAAAGCUUAACUAUACUUUGAUUCUAUGUGGUCCUGUUGCCAUGGUAACAGAGGGAGAAGAUAUAUAAAUGGUAUUUUUAAUGCUUAUUUGAGAAUAUAUUGUGUGCAAUAGCAACAAUUUGGGGUUUCUAGGGUAGAAUAUAAUGUGAGCAAAAUUUGCAAUUUUUCAAGAGAAAGAACAAUUGAUGUGGAGAAACGCAAUUUUUAAAAAGUGUUUCCAUGGUACUUAGAGAAACUUCCAAAUAUGAUUUUUUCUUUUAAUAUUGAUUUAAGAUGCAAAUUUUUAAUUUCUUGGUAAACACUUGGUACCUUAUAUGAUGUAACACAACUUUAAUGGGGUAGUUUACGCUUUAUAGCCACAGACUUUUUAAUUUUAGCCACGUAUUGAAGCCCGACUAGCUUUUGCUUGAACCCAGAGGCAUUUUUAAAUAUAGAACAAUUUAAGAUGUGUUGCGUAAAAACUUUUGAAUUAAUGGUUCCAAGUCUUUUCAAUAUCAGUCAAAGGGCCUUUAUUUUACAAUUCUUUGAAAAAUGUUGGUUUUUUAAAAAAUAUGUAGUGAAAGAAAAAAACUGGCAAACUUAUCUUCUCACUUUUGUUACAUUUGAUUAAUUAACCUAUUAUAGCUUGUUUCACGAUUCAUUUUCAUUACCUUUUGACUUAUUAGCAAACCUUGGUUCAGUGUAAUAUUUGUAUUACUGAAUGACAGUAUUCCACAACACAUAUUACAUAACAUAAAUAUCAUUCAUGACAGAACCACAAGUUUAAUUUGUAUAAAAAUUUUAUAUAAUAAAAAUAUAAUAACAAGGGUAAAUAUUUAUUGAACUUUUGUUACUUCACAACAUUUCUUUGGAGAAUUCUCAAGUAACAAUUCUACACAUGUCCAUUUCAAAAGAAAGGACAUUAUAUUUCCUCUAUAAUUUUCGAUUUUUUUUUUUACAAAAUAAAUUAAAA